AUGGGUCUGAAAAAGGACAUCGAUGUCAAUGAUUUGGGCAACUGUUCCGAAAGCCAACACUCAGAGUAUAUAUUGUCCAAAUUAGAAAGAAAUUGGAACAACGAGCUGAAGAAAACUACCCCAAGUUUUAUGAGAGCCUCGCUCAAGACAUAUUUCCCAUAUUUAUUGCCACCGAUGCUAAUACAAUUAAUCUAUAGCACAAUUAUUUCACCAUUCUCAAUCGUGAUGAUCGGUCGUGUGAUACGGUAUUUCUCUGCCCCCGAAUCGGAGCCAAACCCCAUGCCAUACGUGACGGCGUGUUUGUGUGCGGCCGGUGUUGUGGUCUCAACACUGAGUCAUAUCCUAAUCUCACACCCGUAUUGCCUAAUGUGUUAUCGCGCGGCCGUCAAAGUGAGGGUCGGCUGGUCUGCACUCCUGUACAACAAGUCUCUGCGACUGAAGACCACAGCCUUCGAGAAGACAACUAUCGGACAGAUUGUGAAUCUCAUGACAAACGAUGUCUCGCGGUUUGAAGAGGUGAAUGCCUUGUCGGUAGCGAUGGGUUACGUUAUAUUGGUUCCCUUUAAUGGCAUAAUCUAUUUGUAUAUCAGUUGGCAAUACAUCGGUUCCAGUGGGUGGUGUGAGCCAUACCGGGCUAACGCCACUCUGGCCUUCUGUCCGCCACUCAAAAGGACUCCUCUUUCGCCGACAAUAGUGUUGUCUCUGAAGGGAAGGGAAUCUAAAUCCUUAUCCAACGCACAAACGGCUAUCACUUCUCGAAACCGCUUUUCAUUGUAUUGUUUUCCGAACACAAUAUUCUGUACAACACUUGCGUUGAAAACCCACGACUCCUGCGACACAUAA